AUGGCAAGUACUGCUUCUAAUGAUGAAAGUAAAAGUGUCAAACACAGGAGAAUUUCGGAGGUCCCAGACUCAGAGAUGCUUCAGUACCCAUUACCAUCAAAUCAGUCAUCCUCUGAUUUAGACAUCUCUCAAGGACACGUUGAUGGAGUAUUGAAAGACCUAAGGAACGAAAUAAACCUUCUGUUUUCAAAAUAUGCAACGUCAUUGAGUGAGCAGUCUGCACUGGACAUACUCUAUGUGAAAGAAUUUGAGGAAAUUCUUCAAGAAGCCAAGUCAGUGGAAACUCAUUUAAAACUGAAGAGGGAAAACUUGAGGAGCCAA